AUGGCAUUGUCUUGGAGUGAGGGUUACAUUGUUUGUUGUUGUUUUGGCUCCGAUACUGGGUUCUAUCAAUUAUUGAUACGCGCACAAGCAUUCGUGAGCAAGAAUAGUAGUAGUAGUAAUAGUAGUAAUAAUGGAGGUGUAGUAUUAUUGCAAGCAUUACAACAACAACAACAACCAAAUGUAGCACAAGCGACAUCGUCGACGAUAUCAACAACAACAUCAACUACAGCUCAAACACAAAAUGUUGUACAACCAUUGAUUCCUUUUCCUCCUCAACAACAACAACAACAACCACAAAAUAUGAUGCAAAUCCAAAGACAUUUAGGAUCAUCAAAGAUAAAGUUUAUUUUUGAAAAGAGAUUGGAUAAUAUUAAAGAGUUGGAGAAAUCAUAUGAUGGUCUCAAAAUUGAAGCAAAAGGUGAAAGAUUAGACAUUGACAUCGAUGUUGAUAAAGAUGUAGUUGGAAUGGUUGCUGAAUGGAGCUUUGAAACAAUCAAUCUAUACGAUGUUUAUAGAGAGGUGGCAUCGACCAUAUCUACUCGUUUAAAGGCUCGUAUACAUGUUGCAGAUUCUAUUGAAUUUGAACAUCUAAGAGAUGUUACCAUUCAAUUCCACGGUAUCACUCCUCAUGUUAAUAGGAUCAAAGAUCAAAUCACUCGAUCAAUGGUACCUGUUAGUCACCCUCCUACUACAGCUACAUACCAAUCACUCUAUGCAUUGAUAUCAUCUUCCCAAGGUGUCAAACUACACCAAUCUAUUAAAAACUCCAAUGCCUUUCUUCAAGAUAGAGUUGAUUCUUUUAUACUACACGCUCUCAACCAAACUGGUUGGACUGAAGCUGAUAAUAUUAUCAAUGCAUGGUUAAAUGGAACAAUUUCAAUGACCUCUCCUAUCCCCACCAUCUCCAUGACCACUUCCUCCAUUUCUUCUUCCAAUACUAUCCGUUCUGUCUCCUUUGCUCCCCUUCCUUCCUCCAUUUCCUCAUCUGCUUCAUCAUCCUCUUCCUCUGUACCAUCUUCUUCCACUUCUUCUACACUCUCUUCAUCUUCUCCACCAUUUACUCCAUCAUCAUUGGUGGGAGGAGUAGGGAAAUCUGUGCCAGGUAUAUUGGUUCUGCCAAAUACCAAACCUAGCUCUGUUUUUGUCCCACAGCAACAACAAUUACAACAACAAAUACUACAAGAACAACAACAAAAACUACAAGAACAACAAAAACAACAACAACAAAAACAACAAAAGCAACAACAACAAAAGCAACAACAACAAAAGGAAACUACUGGAAGAAAACAACAAGUCAAGGCUACAUUUAACAAACAAUAUUUGCCAUACCUCAAGUUUGAAUUUUUUAAUCAACAAAGGUUAUGGGUAGAUGCAAGAGACAAACAACAACUAAAGGGUCGAUUUGAAAACCCCACGAAAGAUGGUACUAUCACCAUUUCAGGAGAACAUUGUAAAGAGAUUAAAAAGAUUAUUCAAGACCAUAUCAAUGUCAUUCACUCUAAAUGUGUUGAAAUCAAACUUCCCUUUUCCUAUUCAAUGUAUAAGGAUCAUCUUAUGGUUCGUGCUAGAUCUAAAAAGAUUCAUGUUUGUUGGAAUAAUUUUUAUAAUCCACAAGAAUGGAGAGGUGGAGAUUAUAAUUUUUACCUACAACCUGAUAAACAGAGACAAGGAGGUUUAACGAAAACUAUAUCUCAAAAUAUUGGUAGUGGUAGUGGUAGUAGUACAAUCAAAGGAAUGGAUCAAUACCAAAAACUUGAUUUUUAUAUCACAGGUACCAAUCUAGAAGAUAUUCAAGAUACUGCUAGAUACCUCAUUUAUCUUUCAAAAUGUAAAACUACAAUACCUCUAAGUGAGCAAGAGAAGGUAUUUGUAUUUACAGAAUUUAAAAGUGAUGAACAUGUACUUUUGACGAGAACCAAGUCUGCAAUCGUCAUUGAAACAUUAACUGAAAGUACUCUUAAUGAAAUGGAAUCUAAAAUUAAAAGUUAUUUAGCUUCAUUGAAAAAAAAUAAUAAUUAA